ACAACAUCAACCUGCAGACACACAGUAGAAAAUAAAGACAAAGAAAAUGGUGAGCACAACUAUUGGGACAUCAAAAUCUGACCGAAGUCCGAAGAGCUUAACAAACAUUGAAAUCUUUGAGAUAUGCAUAUAUUUUGUCAUCUUAGUCAUAGGUGUCAUUGGAAAUGGACUUGUCAUCUUUGUGACCGGCUACAAAAUUAAGAAGACAGUCAACUCCAUUUGGUUUCUCAACUUGGCGAUUGCAGACUUCUUUUUUAUUACGUUCUUGGUUUACAAAAUUGUUGCCUUUGACAAGAGUAUACUUUUGAACUUGAACAAUCACAUGAAUUCAUGCUUGUAUUUUGGUUUUGCACUAAAUAUGUCUGCAAGUGUUUUCUUUCUGACAGUUAUCAGUGUGGAUCGAUGUCUGUGCACAUGGUUUGUUGUUUGGGCUCAGAACAAACGAACUUUAGUCAAAGCCAGAAUCAUCAGUGUAUUUGUGUGGAUUUUAUCCAUGUACUGCAGCAUCCCUUUUGGCUUUGUUAGAAUUGUACAAGAUGCUGAAAAUGUCAUGAAUGUGUAUAUGUCUCUGUUCACAUUCUUGUUUAUUAUAGGAUUUGUAAUUCCCUUUAUAAUCAUUGCAUCUUCAUACAUAGCUAUUGGUGUGCGAGUAAAACGUCUCAAAACAGGAAAGCAGCUUCGUUCUUACCGGAUCAUAACUGUGAUUCUGGCUUUUUUCAUAUGCUGGUUUCCUUUUCAUGUUCAGAAAUUGUGUUUAAUAAGUGCAUAUAAGUAUAACUGGAGUGACAGUGCUAAAAAGAAACUUAAUGAUGCAGAACCUUUUGUAGCCUGUCUGGCUUUUUUUAACAGUUGUCUGAACCCCAUUCUCUAUGUGUUCAUGUGUGAUGAGUAUAAGAAGAAACUUAAAAAGUCUCUCCUGCUGGUGUUUGAGGGGGCUUUUACUGAAGAGCAUCUGAGUUUAAGAUCAACUCCACUUCCUCACAACUCUCAAUGUCAGCAGGUAUUAAGUGUACAGACAGAAGAAACAAACAUCUGAUUCUUUGCUGGCAGCAAGAGAACAGAACAAUUUUGAGCUUCGGUCUCUGUUCUCCUGUUUGUACAGACAAACAGAAAGUCUCACUCCAAACUCUUGCCAACAGCUCAAUAUAUCGAUGAAGAGGAAGUGAAGAUUCAAUCUACAAAUCUCUUACAUAGGUUAAAGUUAACUCUCUCACUGAAUGUUUUUCUUUCUGUUUUGUUAUUCAAAAUUAUAUGUUGUAACAUUAUUAGUGCAAAUCUUUCUUUUUUAAAUCGAAUCUUGUAACUAUCUAAGAUUAUCUUAUCUAAG